AUGGCGUUUUUCCGUCUCGCGUGCCGUUCCGCGAUGUCAGCUGUAGCGUCGUCGCUGCUGCUCGCGUGUAUGAUCGCGGCGGCAGCGGGAUCGGCGCGAGCAGCGAGCGCCGUGGCCGUGAAUGGCGGUGCCGUGGUGGACGGCUACGUGCGAAUCGACGCUAUGAAGAUCAAAUCGACGGCUGUGAAGAUCUUGAUCAACGGCGGGGAUUCAGUGGCGUUUGUGCGAUCCAACGGCUACUUCUCCAUCGCCCUGCCUCCAGGCUCGCACACGCUGCAAGUAUCUGCUCCUGGAGCGUUCUUCCUGCCGGUCAUGCUGCAAGUCAGUGCGAAGCAUGCAGGAAACUUCCGCGCAAUGGUGAUCAGAGAGCAGGGCCCUGCCAGUCUCUCCAUCGACCCGCUCAUCAUCUCGCCCUUCGCUGCUGAGGAAUAUUUCGAGAGGCGAGAGCCCUUCAGCAUAUGGACGAUAGUGAAGAGCCCCAUGGGCAUCAUGAUCUGCUUCAUGCUCGUUGUCAUGGUCGUCCUGCCUCGCCUUGCCGACUCCAUAGGUGAGUGGACAGUGGACCUCUGGCUCAGCAUACUCACCCUUACCAUACCUCAGGCUCAUCUCUCAUCGCUUGUCGUCAUGGUCGUCCUGCCCCGCCUCGCCGACUCCAUAGGUGGGUACCUCUCUGGCACUGGCGUUCUCGUUUCUAGCGUUCUCGUUUCUAGCAUUCUCGUUUCUAGCAUUCUCGUUUCUAGCAUUCUCGUUUCUAGCAUUCUCGUUUCUAGCAUUCUCGUUUCUAGCAUUCUCGUUUCUAGCAUUCUCGUUUCUAGCAUUCUCGUUUCUAGCAUUCUCAUCCUUACAAUGCCUCAGAGCGCACCUCUUGUUGUAUGA